AUGGCACAAAUUUUGUUGGUGCGAAUCGCAAACUCAUGUCACAAUUUUGAGGAAAUUUCCAAAACUCAUACAACAUUAUCAUAUCUUUCUGAAAAAUCUAUGCAAUGCCACUUUAUUCCACCCUCAGCACCUCACUUUGAAAGUCUGUGGGAAGCUGCGGUCAAUUCUUCCAAACAACUCCUGACAAAAAUAUCAUUAAAUGCAACAUUUACAUUUGAAGAAGCUACAACAUUGCUGUGUGGAAUAGAAGGAGUUUUAAAUUCUAGACCCAUGACUCCGUUAUCCAAUGACCCAUCAGACUAUCAAGCUCUAACACCGGCUCAUUUUCUCAUUGGUGGGGUUAUCACAUUACCACCUGAAGCAGAUUCAUCCACCACCCCGAUGUCUAGACUUAAACGUUUUGCAUUGGUACAGUCUUGCAUUCAACAGUUUUGGAAGAGAUGGUCCCGGGAGUAUCUUCCUCAAUUACAACGCCAAGGUCGUUGGAUAAAGGCAACUCGAAACAUAAGAGUGGGUGACCUAUUUUUUCUCCGACAAGAAAAUCUUCCUCCUACCAGAUGGGCUCUGGUCAGGGUUCAAGAUGUUCAUCCUGGUCCUGAUGGCACUGUUCGAGUGGUCACUUUACGCAAUUCCUCUGGCAACAUUUUCAAACGCCCAGUGGUGAAACUUUCCUUGCUACCAAGUGAAGAAGAUGAGAGAGAAGAACAACCUUAG